UUUAAGAAGAUUAGUUAUCGGAAAAAUAACAAAUGACUUUCGUGCAUUCACUGACUGGAAAGACAUACAACUUAAACGCAAUGCAAGUCGUCAUUGAACGGACAAGGACCAUGCAGGACAUACUGUCCCUGACGUUAAAGGAUGAAGUGAGCAUGGUUGAAGACACUGUGGCCCCUAGAAACUCUUCUUCACAAGGGGAUGGCAGGGACACAGAGGGGCAUCCUUACCCGUUGGUGGUCACUCUACUGGCAACAGUCCUGAUCCUAACUAUUGUGGUAGACAUUCUGGGGAACCUGUUGGUCAUCUUGUCUGUCUUCAGGAACAGGAAGCUCAGGAAAGCAGGAAAUGCCUUUGUGGUGAGUUUGGCUCUGGCAGACCUGGUGGUGGCGAUCUACCCUUACCCUCUGGUUCUGACAGCCAUCUUUCACAACGGCUGGAUCGCCGGGUACAUCCACUGCCAGAUCAGCGGCUUCCUGAUGGGCCUGAGCGUCAUCGGCUCCAUCUUCAACAUCACCGGCAUCGCCAUCAACCGCUACUGCUACAUAUGUCACAACCUGAAGUACGACAAGCUCUUCUCCAACCAGAACACUGUGUGUUACGUCAUCCUGGUGUGGGCGCUGACUGUGUUGGCCAUCGUGCCCAACUGGUUUAUGGAGUCUCUGCAGUAUGACCCGAGGGUCUACUCGUGUACCUUUGCCCAGUCGGUGAGUUCCUUGUACACCAUCACCGUGGUCGUGGUUCACUUCAUCCUCCCCAUCAGUAUCGUCACGUACUGCUACCUGAGGAUCUGGAUCCUGGUCUUACAGGUGAGGAGACGGGUGAAACCGGACACGAGGCCCAAGAUCAAACCACACGACUUCCGUAUCUUCCUUACUAUGUUUGUGGUGUUUGUGUUGUUCGCUGUCUGCUGGGCUCCGCUGAACUUCAUUGGGCUGGCGGUGGCUAUCAACCCCAGACUGGGAGUGAAUAUCCCUGAGUGGCUCUUCACAGCCAGCUACUUCAUGGCCUAUUUCAACAGCUGCCUCAACGCAGUCAUCUACGGAGUGCUCAACCAUAACUUCAGGAAGGAGUACAAAAGGAUAGUUCUAAUCAUUUUCAAGUUCCACUGCAGAGGUUUCGCUAGGGCUUCAGAACUGCACUGCUGAGGGUUCCGUAGGGUUCUGGAACAGCACUGCUGAGGGUUCCGUAGGGUUCCGUAGGGUUCUGGACCAUCACUGCUGAGGGUUCUGUAGGGUUCUGUAACAUUACUGCUAAGGGUUCUGGAGGGCUUUGAAACAGCACUGCUGAGGGUUCUGUAGUCUUCCGGAACAGCACUGCUGAGGGUUCUGGAAGGUUCCGUAGGAUUCUGGAACAGCACGGUUGAGAGUUCCAUUGGGUUCUGUGACAGGUAAGACUGAGACUAAAACACUAUGUCAGGAUGGGGGAUGAGUCAAACGAUGAUGUCUUGGUCAAAGUCAGAGCUGUUGGCAAUGUCACAAUCAUCUGUCAGCAAGCUUUGAGUUACAAAUUCUGAAACUUUGGGUUUGAUCUCACACCUUUUCCAUGGGUUGUCUAUCUUGCAUUUUCCCUGGAAGCGUUUUAGUAUGGAUCUGAGUAUAAUGAAAAGUUGAAUGCCAAUCUGUUGAAGUACAUUGUUUGGUCAUGAUGUAAAUCAACAUCGUUACACAUGUUACAUUUUUUUUUACUGCACAACUCUGCACUUCCAUUAAAUACCCAAUCCUACCUAUCCCUUUAAACAAUGUCCAAUUCAAACUCCACACAUUUGCUUAAUCGAAACAAAGACUGAGGAACAGAAAACAAGAAUUAAUUAAUUAAUUUAAAAAAAUGUAUAGAUA